AAAAAACAACACACGCACAUAUACACACUCUUCUCUCUCUUGUCUUUGUGAACAACAUUGUACUAAGAAAAUAAAAAACAUGCUUUACCACGUGCCUUCUCAAUCUCACUCAUUACUUUCAUAGACUUUUCCAUUGACUCUUCUUCUUCUUUCUCAUCACUUCUCAACAAACAAACCUCUCAAGAGAAAGAGAGAGAGAGAGAGAGUUUUUGUUUCUAUAAUUUUUUUUUCAAUGAAAGGGGAAAUAAAAAUGAAGUCAAAAAUGAAAUGGGUUGGCUUAAUUGGAAUUGUUCUUUCAGCUUUUUCAAUCUUCAUUCACUUUCUUCUAGCUAGAUUCACUCAACUUGGUGUUUCGGAUUAUCAAUCUUCUGUUACUAUCUUCUCUUGGAGACCCAUCUUUGAUAAUCCAGAUUUUUCCACCAAUAGUGGUUCAUAUAGAAGAUUAUGGGGACAAGUAAAGCUUCUUGAAUCUUUAUAUCCAGAUUCAAUUCCAAGAGGGUAUUAUCCUGAACCUGCUUCACAAACAAACGGGUUUAUAUUUGUCCGAAUACAAGGUGGUUUUCACGAGAUCAGGAAUUCGAUAUGCGAUGUGGUUGCGAUUGCACGACUUCUUAAUGCGACAUUAGCAAUGCCUGAAAUUCAAUCAACAACCAGCAGCAAGGGAAUAAGUUCUCGGUUUAAGAGUUUUGCGUACCUAUAUAACGAGGACCAAUUUAUAGUCUCGUUAGCGAAAGAUGUCAAAAUUGUGAGAACUCUUCCGAAAUAUCUAAAGGGUGCAAGGAGGAAAAAAGAGAUUCCGGUGUUUAAAGUUCCGUAUUCGGCAUCGCCUUUUUAUUACUUGCGUCAUGUCCUCCCUGUAUUAAAGAAGCAUUCAGUGGUUGAACUAGUUGUUUCCAAUGGUGGAUGCUUGCAGGCCAUUCUUCCUCCCGAUUUCGAAGAGUAUCAAAGGCUGAGGUGCCGAGUUUCCUUUCAAGCUCUUCAGUUCCGGCAGGAAGUCCAAGAACUGUCCGCCAAGAUUUUGCAGAGGUUACGAGCUCCUAGUCGGCCAUUCAUCGCCUUUGAUCCUGGCAUGACGAGAGAGUCUUUAGCUUAUCAUGGUUGUGCCGAACUAUUCCAGGAUGUACAUAAUGAACUCAUUCAACACAAGAGAUCUUGGAUGAUAAAACGCGGGAUUGUCAAAGGGAAGCUUUUAGUCAACUCGGCCGAAGCAAGAUUGAAUGGAUCGUGUCCUUUAAUGCCGGAAGAGAUUGGUAUUCUUCUACGAGCCUACGGAUACUCGAAGGAUGCGAUUAUAUAUGUCUCGGGAGGUGAAGUCUUUGGUGGUCAAAGAACAUUGAUUCCUCUUCACGCGAUGUUUGAAAACGUUGUUGAUAGAACAUCUCUUACUACUCCGUGGGAGAUGAUUAGAAUCUACGGACAAGAGGUUAACCUCGUUAAUCCUCCUCCCGGACCACCGCCUUUCGAAGAAGUUAAAAAGCGUGCGGCUUGGAAGAACGCAGGUCCACGUCCUCGUCCGCUUCCUCCCCCUCCAGCAAAGCCGAAAUCGUAUAACAUAGAGGGUUGGUGGGGUUGGGUAGCUGAGAGCGAUAACGAACCUGAUAGUACCGUUAUGGAGCUAAGGACGAAUGCUCAUAAGUUACUUUGGGAAGCUAUUGAUUAUGUGGUUUGUGUUGAAGCCGACGUGUUCGUCCCCGGAUUUGACCGUGACGGGAAGGGGCAUUCGAAUUUCGCUAGCUUGGUGGUGGGGCAUAGGCUAUAUCAGUCGGCCGCGUCGAAGACAUUUCGACCCGACAGAAAAGAAGCUGCUAAGUUCGUAGACGAGAUUCGCGACCACAUGUAUCAAGCAAAUCGCACAUGGCUAAAAUCAGUCCGCAGGCAUUUGAGAAAAACAUUACUCGAUGGAAUACUCGAAGCAUCGAGUAAAUCGAAACCAUUAUCAUUUCUCUCUCAUCCAAUCCCGGAAUGUUCUUGUUUGCGGCACGGCUCUUCUGAAGCAUCGAAGAAUUCUUCUAGUCCUUUAUCUUCCCAAGUAUGGAAAACUCUUGGUGUUUCUCACAAGUGUCCUGCAUGGAUGGACACGACUAGUCCGGUUUCUCAAUCAAAAGAUAAGGAAAAUGACGAUGACGGUGACGACGAUGAUUCUGUAUCGGGUUUAUUCUUUAAGCAAAGUGGUGGAAAUAAUGAAGGCGAAGGAGGCGAAGUUAACACGAAAGAAGAAAAUCAAUUCGAGGAUCAAGAAGAGCUCGAGGGUGGCGAAAGGUGACAGACAUCCAAGAUAUGCGACGAUCGACAAUGGAUUCACAUUCUCCGAAUUCAUGUACAUAAUUGCUUGUUGCUUCCAACUACCGCAUACCGGAUUUAGUUUUGGGUGAGGAGAGGAGUAAAUCGAUUAAUAUAUUUAACCUUACUCAGGAACAUGGUUUUAAAUUGCGGUUGAGGCUAACGGUUAUGCUGCGAACUUUUAUAUUGCGGCAAAUGGGCACGAUUGUAGUUACUGACCGCAAUUUAAAACCAAAACCACGACGAAAACCAUUUACUAGGAAAGAAUAAUCUAUAUAACAUAGGUGCUAAUUUGUUGACAAGAUAUCAAUUUUGGUGUUACUUUAAUAUUAGGUUUAAGUUCAGUUUGGAUGUAUUUUAUUGAUGUAGCACUGAGGAGAAGUUAACUCCAUUUUUGUAUCUGAUAUGAGUAGUAAUUCUAAUUCAUCCAUAUUCAUA